AUGGAAAAUUCUCAUUCUGGUGCUUCGUCAAUAUCACAAUCACCUCCUCUCUUUAAUACGAAUGAAGCGGUCGUUGACAAAUUAUUAGAACGCGUAAAAACAUCGGAUGAUUUAUGUUUAAUCAAAUGUCUUCGAAUACGUGAUGAUCUUGGGCUUGUUCUGUGUGAAACGUGUUCAACUUUCAAAAAUGGAGCACCAUCAAGUAUAAUCCGGGGUGUUAAGGCUUCAUUUGGACAUUUUGUGUUUUGUCAAACAAUUGCGAGAUCAGCCGAUGUCACCGAAGAAGAACUAAACAGAAAGCAAUAUUUUGAAGAUUUUUUGAAAAAGAACCGUAUUGCUGGAAUGAACGUUGGAAGGUGUGCAUUAUUUUGUAUUAGAAGUGGAUUAGGUGGCUUAAAAUUUGAAGAGAGUUUAAAUCUGAUGGACUUAUGUGGUGCGCCCUUGGUACUUAUCGAAACACCUAAUCCCAUAACAAAACACCGACCAGCUUUUCCUAUUACAGUUGACAAAGCAACAUUUCUUCGACGAUCGGUUCAGAUUACAAUGAUACUAACGAUAAUAGAUGGAGAAAUUACGCCAAUAUAUUUAAAAGCGCCAUCGCCAUUAUGUUUGUCUGAAUUAACUGGAAAAGAACUAGCAACAAAUUGUGUUGAAGUGUUACAAACGUUCGGACUGUCACAGUUCACUCUGCAGCAACAACUGGUUGGUGGUGCGGUAGAUGGUGCAUAUCUUCACUUAAACAUUGAUAAACAUUUAUAUGAUGAAAUUGGAAUGAAUGUUGAUUGGUUAUGUUUAUCAUGGGAUCCAGCCCAUUUAAUUGGACUUGCUGUUAAUGAUUUAAAGAAGAAAAGAAGUUAUAUGUGUUAUGGGAAAUCAUAUGAACAACUCAUUGAAACAGCGGAUGAAUUGGAUGAAGAUAUACUUGAUCUCAGACGAUUCCACGAAACCAGAUUUGUUAGCUCGGAAAGACGAGUGUACGAAACUAUUUUUCGAGAUUGGGCUGUACUUUAUAAACUUCAUGAAAAAUCUAGCGUGGGAAAUGAUUUAAUGCAUGGAAAUAUUAGUGCAAGAACAAGAAUGCAUUCACAAGAAGAAGACGAUAGUAGUUACAACAGAAUUAAUGAUCUUGCAUCUCCCAAACAUCCUGUACCAAACGAAUCAAAUGUUACUCAAGAAAUGAACAGCAUUAGUGACGAUAAUGGUGCAUGCGGUGGUACAAUGGCAUUCGAUCGCGAAUCGCCAAUAUUUCCUGAUAAUGAUGGAAUUGAACCAGAGAGUAACAAUGACAGAAAUAAUGUUGAAAAAGAAAAUAUUGAAAAUACGUAUUUACAAAUGUAUUAUGAAGAUCUAAAACUGGGCAUUUUUAAAGAAAGGCCAAUUACAAGAGGUCGUUCAGAAUAUGGUUUGGAAGACCCAACCGAAAAAAUAAGAACACGCUUGGCAUGA